AUGGACAAUAGGUUUUUGGGGGAUAUUUCUUGCAAAAGAAGACGAGUUGACAGCGAGCUACGCAUUCCCGACGAGUCCAGACACUUCUGGGCAGAUGCGAUAUCUCGUGCACAGCGUACUGCAUUAUCUCGAAUUUCUUCUACAUUGACCCCGCGUCAGCAGCGACUAUUUGAGAGGACAUAUUUCGGGUCAUUCCUUCAUUUACCCGAAACAAAAUUCUGCGGGAUAUUAGUUCAUGCAUUUCUACUACGACAGUUACAUCCACCAUUUGCCAGAGACGAGUUUUGGUUUAGGAUUAGCGGGGUCGAUGUGAGGUUUAGCCCGUUUGAGUUUGUGUUGGUGACAGGGCUUUCGUUUAGCCGUCGGACUGAUGUUUCUUCAUAUAUUCCUCGCUCCUCCGGACAUAGGAUCAGAUCUACGUACUUUCGCGGUUGUUCGAAGGUGCAGUAUCACGACAUUGAGCGUGUUUUCUUGUCGAGGGCAUGGGGGGAUGACGAUAUUGACGCUGUCAAGCUCGCCUUGUUGUAUAUUCUGCACAUGGUUUUGUUGGGGAAUGAUCGACGAAAGAAGGUGUCCACGGAGUACUUACAGUUAGUUGAUCAUUUGGACGGGUUUAAUUCCUACCCUUGGGGCGUCGUUGUUUGGCAGAUGACAUACGAUUCUAUGUCACAGACGUGUGAGAGACUCUGUUCUGGACGUAUGCAGGAAAUCCGUAAAUACGACCUUUACGGAUUUCCUUUCGCAUUUCAGUAUUGGAUAUAUGAGACUCUAGAGACGUUACACGAGUGGAUUGACCUUGUUGAUCUUUAUGUGUCCCCACGGAUGUUGAGGUGGCUUACGCGAGACGUCCCUGUUUGGACUCAUAUCGGUCGUAUUUUCACUGGUGAUCCGACGGGGCUCCUCCAUCCUCGAGACAUUCUGAUGUACCCGUAG